GGGGGGACUACCACACUCCCACCUCACACAGUGGGGACUCGCACUAUGUGCUGGGAUUUAGACUGAGCUCGCUCGGCCAUCUCUGUGUCAGUGGUCCCCCCCCGCAUCUGCUCGCCUGUGCGCCCAGCGCUGCCCAUCUCUGUGUCAGUGGUUCCCCCGCUUCUGCUCGCCUGUGCGCCCAGCGCUGCCCAUCUCUGUGUCAGUGGUUCCCCCGCUUCUGCUCGCCUGUGCGCCCAGCGCUGGGGAGCCAUGCGGUGCUCCACCCUGACGGCCAUCAUGACGGUGGCGCUGCUGUACCUGGUCAUGGGUGCGCUGGUGUUCAGCACGCUCGAGACCGCCAGGGAGAAGGUCAUGCACAAGGACCUGCACGAAGCCCUCAACGACUUCGUCAAACACACAGGUGUUCAUCCAGAAACACUGCAGGUCUUCGUCCAGGAGGUAGUGAAAGCCACUAAAGCUGGUGUGGACACCAGAACCAACCUCACCUUCACCAGUCGCUGGGACUUCCCCAGUGCGUUUCUCUUUUGUGGGACCAUCAUCACAACCAUAGGUUUCGGGAAUCUGUCUCCGAUUACCGAAGGUGGGCAACUCUUUUGUAUCUUCUAUGCCCUGGUGGGGAUCCCCAUGUUUGGCAUCCUGCUGGCUGGGGUGGGAGACCACAUGGGUACCAUGCUGAGGAGAGCUGUGGGCAAGAUCGAGACCCUCUUCCUGAGAAAAGCCGUGAGCCCCACCAAUGUCCGGAUCAUCUCUGCAGUGUCCUCCAUCCUGAUUGGCUUGGUGAUAUUCCUGGGCGUGCCCACAUUGGUGUUCAAGGAAGUGGAGAACUGGACCUGGCUGGAGGCGGCAUACUUUGUGGUUAUCACUCUCACCACCGUGGGCUUCGGGGAUUAUGUUGCAGAUGACCGAAGGCACGGCCACUUCAUGUACAAGCCCCUGGUGUGGCUGUGGAUCGUGUUUGGCUUGGCCUACUUCGCCUCCAUCCUCACCAUGAUAGGGAAGUGGCUGAGAGUGCUCUCCAAAAAGACCCGCGCCGAGAUGGAGGAGCUGAGGGCUUACGCCAAUGACUGGACCCAGAACAUCCAGAACAUGUCUGUGGACUUCCGCAUUCCUGUCCCCUUGGACCUUAACGACCCAUUUCAGCUCCAGCGCCGGAGGAAGAGGAAGCGGCGUCGAGGUCCCCACCACCUGCAUUCCAAAGCGGGCUACCUUGUCCCAGGAAUCGGGGGUCCACUGGAGCCGGAGGGCAUCCGCAUAAACGGACACCUGUUCAACAACUGGUCUGACGCUAAGACCGUCCUGGAGAAGAUGCUCGAAGCCAAGGCUGAUGCCGUGUCAAGGUUGGAGCUCCCACAACCGUCCUCCAGGGCAGGAUCGAGGCCGGGGUCGAGGCCGGGGUCGAGGCCGGGGUCGAGGGCUCCCUCCAGACCGGUCUCGAGGUCCGAGGUAAGAGCCCUGUCCAGACCUGGAUCCAGGGCCGAGUCGGUGUCAGGGUCCACGUCGUGGUCUGAGUCCAAGUCGGAGCUCUCUGAGUCGGCAUCUGAGAGCAACUCGCACGACUCGCCGAGGAACUCCUUGAGCGACUCCUGUGACUUGCCGACAGCCACACACGUGCCGAAGUGCCAUGAGGAGCAGGAGACGGCCUCAGCUGGCGAGGAGGCGCCGGUGCCCAUGGUGAUAGUGGAGGGCAGCACACCACCGCGGCCCUCCCUGCUGGACUUCUUCGGCGAGAACCUGGCCUACAUUGACGAGUCUUCGGACACCCUGAGCGACAUUGGACAGUCGGGAGCCAAAGGCGCCAGCAAGCCCAAGAGGAGGAACAUGAGGAGACAGCUCCCCCAGCGCCACCUGCGGGUGGCGGAGAGGGGCAACAGCGGUGACGUCGGACCUCCAUCCAACCCCCCCACUCCUCCCCCCUGCAUACUGCCCUAGGACUGAGGAGAGAGAGAUACAGCUCGAUCAAUGGACACAUGGACUGCUUUUAAUUGAUGGGCAUUUAGUAACCUUUCUGCUGCCCAACUGGUGGAGCAUAGUGCUAACAUCAGCAGGGUACAGUAUUGAAACCCCUUGAAAGCACAUACUCUGAUAAAUAUAUGUAGUCAUUCAGUGUGUAAAUGCUUUGGAUAAAAAUACCUUCUAAACAAAUGAAUUGUUGGCUCUUGCAAAUAAGGUGCCUAUGCUGCACAGACAAUCUGUUCUAAAUUAAAUGCGGGCUAGGUCCAGAAUUAGACUUAAUCCUUGACCAUGAAACCAAUUUUAAAUAGAGCUCCCUCUCUACUGAUUUGAAUUUACAAUGAAGUCUGUUAUCUAUAGAGCCAUUGUUGUAUCACUAAAACAGUUGUUUUUUGACAAAGUCCUUGCUUUAAAGCCUUGUUUAGAUUUUUUCAAUCAUGUAUGAUGUGAUGUUGCCUGAAGGUAGGAUAAUCCAUGAUGUGUUGAUGCUUAGCAUUUUUAGCUUCAAAAUUAUAUUUAAUCAAUAAUAAUUAAUCAGUCAAUCAAAUGAACAACUGAAUCAAAGGCUAUCCUUACUUGAACUGAGUAUUGUUUAACGGUCCAUGAAGGAGAUAGGUGUUCCCUGUCUCGAGGUGCAAGCUCUCAAAUCCCAGCACUGGCACGCCUCUGCCCUCUUGUGGGCAUCUCCUGAAGUGCAUGGACAGUUCUUACCAUGCUCCAGGCUGUGCUAGUUUGUGGAAAACGUAUCCGCUCCACUUCUCAGUGUAGAGCUGAGAAGGGCUCAAAUAGCAAACGUUUUCUUUAUCUAAUUGUUGGCUAUAUGCUUGUAAAUUCAAACUGUGCCCCCUUAUGAAGAAGUAUGACUGCUCUAGAUCUUACAUUGCAGGUGUAUCGAGUCGAUUGAUGAUACUGUGCCAUAGGAAUUUAUUUGCUGCGUCGAAGUGUAUAUAUCUGUUUAUACGUGUAGUGCCAAAUUAUACACUAAUGAAAAGACAGCUGUUUCUUUUUCAACACAUUCUUAUUCUUUCCAUAAAAGCAUACGCAGGACACGUAGAAAACUGUCAAAGAUUACAAACAGAGUUGUUUACGGAAAUUUCCAAACACAUCAAGGACACUCAUAGUAGGAGAGGCGAUGAGCAUAUAA